UUAUUCGGCCUCGGCUCGCGCAGCGAUAAAGACGUGUUGUUGUGCUUCUUUUGAAAGAAGUCGGUCUUUUGUGCAGUAUGUGACCAGUUGUUCAGUGAGAAUAUGGCGGAUUUAGUGUACUAUUAUGUUUGCUUUGUGUUGUUGUUGUUGUUAUCCUUGCAGCAGGAUGUAGCUGGAUCCACUGAAAGAACUGAACAACAUCCUGCCAGAGACUUCAGCCGCCAUACGCUCGUCAAGCCUCGGAUUUACCACGGACGGGAGAAACGUCAGAUCUCGACAAGCAAAGACGAGAAUGGACCAUAUCACCUCGACCACUUGACCAUAUCACUGCCAAUCGACGGCGAAGACUUCCUCCUAGACUUGACCCUGAAUCGACAGCUCAUUCCGAAAGGAUUCUUCCGCAAGGUUCAGCAAAACGGAACGCACCAAGUCAUACGACCCAGACCGGAGGAGGUCGACCUGUGCCACUAUGGGGGCAAAGUCAGGAACAAACCGGGCUCGUGGGUCGCCCUGUCCACCUGCGACGGGCUCUCGGGGGUGGUGUUUGACGGGGAGGAAAUGCACUACGUUGAGAAUAAAGACGGGGAUUUGCACUACUUGUACAAGCAUGCGGACCUGGUGGAGGGGAACAAGACAUGUGGGUAUGCGGGGGACGCAGUGGACCCCCAGAAGAGCCACAAUCACAACAGGAUACUUAGGUAUAAGAGAGCCGCGGAGCAGAACAGUGCCGUGAGGGGUCCCUACAACGCUAACAAGAAGUCGAAAUACGUCGAAUUGGUUCUAGUUGUGGACAACCGCGAGUACAAAGAACUGGGUGAGAGCACAAGUAAAGUGGAACACCAUUGCAAAACCAUUGCCAACAUAAUAAACGGGCUGUACGCCCCUCUUAACAUAUUCAUAGCUUUAGUCGGUGUGGUCAUUUGGACGGAACACGACGAAAUCAGUUUUUCCCCCAACGGCGACACCACCCUCACCAGCUUCCUCCACUACCGACGCAACAAACUAGUCAAGGAGCACCCCAACGACAACGCCCAACUCUUAACGAAAUACAAUUUCGACAACGGCGUCGUGGGGAAGGCCCUCAAAGGCCCGAUUUGUACUUAUGAGUACUCGGGGGGCGUCAACACGGACCACUCCCCCGUCGUGGGGCUCGUCGCCACCACAGUGGCCCACGAAAUGGGGCACAAUUUCGGCAUGGAGCACGACACGAAUGAGUGCACGUGUCCGGACGACCGGUGCAUUAUGGCCCCCAGUAGCUCGACAGUGGCGCCAACACAUUGGUCCUCCUGCAGCCUCAACUACCUCCUACUUGCAUUCACACACGGCAUGGACUACUGUCUCAAGAACAAACCGACGGCGCUGUUUGAUAGCCCCGUCUGUGGCAACGGUUUCGUCGAACCGGGGGAACAGUGCGACUGUGGGCUUCCGGAGCACUGUGACAACACUUGUUGCAAUGCCACCACGUGUAUGUUGCACACGAAUGCGAGCUGUGCGACGGGAGAAUGCUGCGAUUUAACAACUUGUAAACCGAAAUCGGCGGGUACGUUGUGUCGAUCGGCCGAUUACGAAUGCGAUUUGCCCGAAUAUUGCACCGGUCAUAGUGAAUAUUGCCCGGCUGAUAUCUACAAGAUGGACGCUGAAAUGUGUGAUGGCGGGAAGGCGUUUUGCUAUCAUGGCUUUUGCAGGACUAGGACUGAUCAGUGUAAACUUUUGUGGGGCGAAACGGGCAAAUCCAGUGACGACCAGUGUUACAAAAUGAAUAUUAAAGGAAAUCGACAUGGAAAUUGCGGUUAUGAUAAGUUCAACAAGAGUUUCUUCAAGUGCAACGAUGAGAACGUCUUGUGCGGAAUGCUUCAUUGCAAGCAUUUGAACGAGCGUUUGGAAUUCGGCAUGGAAUCGGUGUCUAUUUUGAGCCACAGUUUCCUAAACUUGAAAGGUUCAAUAGUGGCCUGUCGGACUGCCAUCGUCGACUUGGGCAUCAACCAAGUGGAUCCAGGUCUCGCACCAGAUGGCGCCAAAUGUGGUGAGGGCAAGAUGUGCGUGAACCAGAAGUGUAUGUCCGUGGCUAGUCUCCAACUAGCUGGAAAAACUUGCCCUCACAAUUGCAACAACAACGGUUGGUGCAACAAUUUGGGCCACUGCCACUGUAAAGAUGGCUACGCUCCGCCAUUUUGCGAGGAUCCGGGACCUGGGGGAUCGGAGGACAGCGGCCCAGCUUCGGAUCCUGACGCUCGCAAAGAGUUUGUUGUGGCUCUUUUUGUGAUAUUCUUGGGGAUUAUUCCCGGUUUGGUACUGAUCGCGUUCCUUACUUAUUAUAUCAAACACAACGUUCUGCACAUUCGUUCGAAAUCAGCGGCCCCAACGACCAAGUCGCCUGCGAAAACACGCACCGCCCCGUUCGGCCCCGAUUCCACCAAACGGACCGAAGACAACCACUCCCUCCUGCAAAACGACCCGCCCACUUCGCCCCUACAGUGCGAGUUUUUCGGCUAUUUUAAAGGUUUCUCCAUAACACCAUUAAAGAAAGUCGAAAAUCAGCCAGCAAGGGCGGCACCCCCGCCCCCGAUCAUACCCCCAUCGGUUCCACCGCCACCUAAAAACAAUUUUUUGACACGCUCCAUGUCCAGAUCUCACUCAUUUAAGCAAGCUUUGGCCGGCGUCUCUCAGAAUGUGAGUGCGCCGACGCUACCGCCCCCUAACCCCGGCAGCACGGCUAAACCAAUCAUAUCGUCGCCGAUUUUGGAGAAUUCAACUUGCACGGCCAAAGAAUUAAUCUCGCCGUUGAGGAACGCCCCCAAAGUGCCGGUAAGGCCCGCCCCCGAGGCCCCGCCCACAAAAGAUGGCAAUACGCUUAAUAGAAUAACUUCGUUCUUGAAGAAAACUACUCCUGCUGGCAGUACUACUAGUAGUAACACUAGUACUAGUACUUUGCCCAGAAAGGCGAGUAAAAUUAUGGAUAAGAACGCCCUGAGAUCGAUUGAAAUUUCAAAUCCGAUUCUACAACCUGAAGGCACCACAGUUAGUGUUGGAGGGGAGGGUAAUAAGGCGGUGAUAAUGAGGGCGCAAAGUAUGAGAGGCACUAGUGUGACCCCUAGACCUAAUAUACAAACUUUCGGGUCAAUGAGACAACCAGGAGGUGCCAGGCGCCCCUUGAGCAUACCUUCAGGGAGUCGCCCUAAGAGCCCCCCGCCUCCGGCCCCGCCCACUUCUGACAAAAAAUUACAAAUACCCAGCCUGCCUGGAUACCAAAAACCAACAGUCAAAACGAGCCAAAACCAAUAUGACGAUUGUUUAAACAAAACAGCACCUUUAGCAAAACUAACCGAAGAACUAAGCAGUGAUAACAUUUACGCAGUGAUUGAAGAAUCACCAGUCACGCCCCCUGAAGACAAGCCCAAGACCAGUUCAAGUUCGAACGAAAGCAUGGGCCUCCUCGGAGAAAUAGUCUCAGAAAUCCAAAAUCGCAAUUUUGACUCAAUUUACUCAACUUCGACCCUCGCCCGCAAGAAGAAACAAGAAGAGGAAGCAAAAAUCAAAAGCCCCGAAUCGGACACGUACGUCAACACCCCGUACAAAACCCCGGAAAGCGUCUACAGCAACAUGACUAGCUCCACCUCCAGCGGCUACAUCCUCCCAUCGGCGGUCAACCCGCCAAUCAAAUCGCCCGAGGAACCCAAACUCUCCACCUUCAAAGCGAAGUCGCGCAGCCCCACCCCGACCAAGCGCGCGCCCAAUAAAACCGCGAUCAAUCGCCAGACCACGCCCCCGAAUCUGCGCACGCGCAAGCCGUCGCCGGUUAGGCCCGCCCCCGGGGCCCCGAAGCCACGCCCAGCGCCCAACAGCCCGGAUGUCGUGACGAGUUGCAACACCAAACCCGGGAAUAAGGGACCGGAUGUUGUCAAUACGAAGAAACCGACGAUUGCGACCACCAAACCGAAUGUUAAUGGAUUGCCCAGAGGGGCGGUUAAACCGAAAGUUAGUUUCAAUAAACCGGGGGAGAGGAAGGUGGCUACGGUUAGUAAGAGCCAAUCGGAUGCGAAGCCUGUGCCGUCAGGGGUCAGGAACGCGGCGAGGUCGUCGUCAAAUGUGGCGUCGCUGCAGCAGAAAUUCGAGACUAAGACUUUAAACGCGAAAAGUAACAAGGCGUGAUGAUUGUGAUAAAAUUGUGUCAAAAAGGCCUUAAAGGACAAUCAGUCUGUCGAGACUUGUAUAUAACUUGAUGAGUAAUUUAUUAUUAUUGAUCAUGGCGGCUGUUGGACGAACUUUGAUGUACGCGUGGUUUUGGGCUAACUUAGCACAGUUGGUUCGAAAACCAGCGAUUUUUGCCUACUUUUAUCGUGGCUUUAAAACUAGUCUUUCUGCAUCACAGUAGCGUUUACCAAGUCUUUGCUUGCUCAAGUUGGCAGCUCAAACUCGUAUUUUACAGGGACCUGUUUGUCCGAUAGCCGGCUCUCGUCGAUUUUGUUAUUAUUAAGUAUUCCUCUUGCGAAUAAUGUGAUUUUUUUCACAUUCUUACUUUAUUAUACACCUUUUAGGUUCGUAAUUUUGUAUAUAAUACCAAAGAUUAUUAUAAUUGUACUCAAAUUCUUGUAAAAUAAACGACUAUUUCUCCAUUAA